AGCAUCACGUUUCACGUUUCUGUAUAUCUGUAUCACGUUUUGCUUCAAGCUAUAGUUUAUAAAAUGGAUUUAGAAACUGGAACAUACGAGCCAGGGUUUGUUGGGAUACGGUUUUGCCAAGAAUGUAACAACAUGUUAUACCCCAAAGAAGACAAAGAAAACCGUAUUCUGCUCUACGCGUGCAGGAACUGUGACUACCAGCAGGAGGCAGACAACAGCUGCAUCUAUGUCAACAAGAUCACCCAUGAAGUCGAUGAGCUGACGCAGAUCAUUGCUGAUGUAUCUCAAGAUCCAACACUACCAAGGACAGAGGACCACCCCUGUCCCAAAUGUGGCCACAAGGAGGCAGUUUUUCUUCCAAUCUCACAGUAUGAAGGCUGAGGUAAUGUCUCCAAAAACAUUAAAUACACAAUGCAUGGC